CAGCAGAGCUCACUCUUCUUCUUUAAGCCCUGUUUGGUUCUCCCCUAUACCAAAAACCCAUUCUUCUCCUCCUCCUCCUCUUCCUCCAUGGACCUCAAAACCAACCUCCUCUCUUCUUCUUCUUCUUCUCACCACCACAGUCCGGCCUCGGCCUUGUCCUGCCGGGCAUCACGUGAACCUCACGUGACUCCUCCCAGUAAAGAUGGAGCUGUUCAUGGACUGUCUGAGACCAUUGUGGGUGUUCUUGGAGGAGGCCAGCUGGGUCGAAUGCUGUGCCAAGCAGCUUCCCAAAUGGCCAUUAAGGUCAUGGUGUUGGACCCAGAAGAAAGCUGCCCUGCUAGUAAGCUUGCCCAUCACCAUAUGGUUGGUAGCUUCGAUGAUAGUGCCACUGUCCAGAAAUUUGCCAAAAGGUGUGGAGUUUUGACUGUUGAAAUCGAACAUGUGGAUGUGGAGACAUUGGAGAAGCUUGAGCAGCAAGGAGUGGACUGCCAGCCAAAAGCCUCUACAAUCAGAAUCAUUCAGGAUAAAUAUCUUCAGAAGGUUCACUUUUCGGAGCAUGGUAUUCCACUUCCUGAAUUUAUGGAGAUAGAUGAUCUGGAAGGUGCCAAGAGGGCAGGCGACCGCUUUGACUAUCCUCUGAUGAUAAAGAGUAAAAGAUUAGCUUAUGAUGGGCGUGGAAAUGCUGUUGCUAAGAGUGAGGAGGAUCUUACUUCUGCUGUAACAGCGCUUGGAGGGUUUGAUCGCGGUUUAUAUGUUGAGAAAUGGGCUCCUUUUGUUAAGGAGUUGGCUGUCAUUGUUGCUAGAGGAAGAGACAAUUCUAUUGUAUGCUAUCCUGUUGUUGAAACUAUACACAAGGAAAACAUUUGUCAUAUUGUCAAAGCACCUGCUAACGUGCCAUGGAAGAUCCAAAAGUUGGCCACUGAUAUUGCAUCUAGAGCUGUUAGUUCAUUAGAAGGAGCUGGUGUGUUUGCAGUUGAGUUGUUCUUGACAGUGGAUGAUCAGAUUUUGCUAAAUGAAGUAGCUCCUAGACCUCACAAUAGCGGUCAUCACACAAUAGAGUCUUGCUACACAUCACAGUACGAACAGCAUUUGCGGGCUGUUGUUGGUCUUCCACUUGGUGAUCCAUCAAUGAAGGCACCCGCUGCAAUUAUGUACAAUUUACUUGGUGAAGAUGAGGGGGAAGCUGGUUUCCACCUAGCUCAUCAAGUGAUUGGAAGAGCCUUAUGUAUUCCAGGGGCUACUGUUCAUUGGUAUGAUAAGCCAGAUAUGCGGAAGCAACGGAAAAUGGGUCAUAUUACCAUUGUUGGACGUUCCAUGGGCAAGGUGGAAAAAGCUCUGAAUGCAAUGCUAAAUGAUGAAAUAUCUGAUAGUCGGUCUGCUGCCACACCACUUGUUGGGAUCAUUAUGGGUUCUGAUUCAGAUCUUCCUGUUAUGAAGGAAGCUGCAAAAGUUUUGAAUAUAUUUGAAGUGCCUCACGAGAUUAGGAUAGUUUCUGCUCAUCGAACUCCUGAUUGGAUGCACUCUUAUGCAUUGUCUGCCCACAAAAGAGGAAUUGAGGUCAUCAUUGCUGGUGCUGGUGGCGCAGCUCACUUGCCAGGAAUGGUAGCUGCAUCCUCUCCAUUGACCGUUAUUGGUGUCCCUGUGCGCGCCUCUACAUUGGAUGGAGUUGAUUCGGCUCUAUCUAUAUUGCAGAUGCCAAGAGGGGUCCCGGUUGCGGCAAUUGCUAUAAACAACGCCACCAAUGCUGGUCUGCUAGCAGUAAGGAUAUUAGCUCAUGGUGAUCCUGAUCUACGUGCAAGAAUCAUACAGUAUCAAGAAGACAUAAAGAACGAAGUCUUGGCAAAAGAUGAGAAGCUACAGAAAGAUGGUUGGGAAUCUUACUUGGAUCCUUGAUAAUCAAAGCAGUAGUUUUGUAGUUUCACUUUCUCUUGAAGUCAGUCUCCUCAACAUGCUAUUAAACAAUGAGAAGUUGAAUUCCACCGAACACUACAAGUACCUAAAAGUUUAUUGAGACGCUGUACUGGCAAAAAUUGAAGGUCCGUGCUAACAGAAAAGUUGAUGUAAUUUAUUUGAAGAGAUCAGUAAAAGAAAAUGAGGAAAGAUGAUGAGUCAGAAGAAAAGCCUUGUAUUUAUCUUGUAUCAGUAAGUAGUAUCACACAAGUUUUGUCUGCCUUUGACACUGAACGACUUGAAGGAUUUUGUAUGUUUUGGUGAUAUUGAAUGUUUCCUAUUC